CGAAAAUGGUGAACACACUGCAUCGCAUUUGUUGACGGCGUUUUCGCACACUGCUAGCGAACAGACUAACCAGCCAAUCCGCGGCGAGAAUAACCCUGAGCGAACCAAUCGGAUGCUGGUGACACGAGGGGACAACGCUGAGCUGACGCCCCAGCCGCCAGGGAGCCUUCACUGUGGAUUUUGUAGGCCCCAGGAGCCAACGCAUCAAAGAUUUUGAGCGGGCCUUUUCGGCGCACGUCUAUGAGAGGUAUGCUGUGAUCAUGAACACGUAGCAAAACAGGAGUGGACUCUCGCGAGUAGCGCGUGCUUGUCCAAUUUUCAAACAAGUUUGAAUGCUUUCAAGAAAGGGACUGGCGCCGUGAUGAAAGCUGAGUUGUUGUAUUGUGGUUAUGAAAGGCAGGAAAAUGGAAAUAACACUGGAGCUCGCCCUGCCAUGCGCCUGCUCUCCUGUUUAUCGGUCUGUGUGCUGGCGCUGGUCGCCGCCGGGCCGGCGCUCGCGCUCACCCAGGGGAGCGGGUUCCGCUGGUUCUGGCGCGGCUCCUCGGGCGGCAGCACCACCCACAAGUUCUCCAUCUCGUCGGGCACCGGCAGCACCACGGGCACCCACUCGAUGGUGGUGGUCCGCGUCAAGGACAGCACCGGGCGCACCGUGGUGCUGGACCCGGCCAACCCGCACACCUCGCGCCGUGUGGUGCACGGCUUCUCCGGCAAGGGCGCCAACAAGGCCACCUUCACCGUCACCAAGACCAUCGGCGGCAUCUCCUCCAACGGCGAGAUCGUCAAGCCGUCCAAGUACAUGCAGCCGCCGCCGGUGACGCCGGUGGAGGCGCCGGCGGCGGCCCCGGAGCCGGCACGCUGGUUCCGGCCGCCCUCGGUGGACGCCACGCCGGCGCCCACCGAGCCGCCCACCACCACGACCACGGCGCGGCCGACACGGCUGGCGCAGCUGAGCCGGCUGAUCGUGGGGCCGCCCACCGAGGAGCCGCCCACCGGCGGCUACCUGCCGCCCUCGGCGCCGCUGACCGAGGCGCCCUCCGCUGAGGGCUUCGUCCCCGAGCUGACCGGCGCGUCGGCCCCGGCGCCCACGCCCACGCCCGCCUCGCACGUCGCCAAAGAUAUCCGCCGUAACCUGAGCGGGCGCGUGGACGGCAGCGUGUUCUUCGGCAUCCUUCCGGUCAUCAACGACCUGCAGCGGACACCGCAGGCCAAGACCGAGCCACCGCCCAAGGUCAUCAUAUCACGUCGGCCCGGCAAGUGCCCGUUCAUCAACAUGAUGCGGUGUCCGGCGCCGUCGGUGCCGCAGUCGGGCCGCUGCAGUAACGACAGCCAGUGUCCGACGGAGCAGCGCUGCUGCUACAACCCGUGCGCCGCCAGCAGCCAGUGCCUGACGGCCGUGCUGUGACCGCGGCCCGGUCAGCGCGCAUGCGCCGCGCCGCGCGCCAGGCAGUGGCGCUCGACACUGGCCGCCGAGGUUUGAGGACCCCAGCGGCUGAAGCCGGCCCGCGCCGCGCCGGCUGGGCUGCCGGGGACGCCGAAGGACCUGCUCUGGAAGGAGGUGGGGACGGAGGGGCCGGCCGGGCUGGGGAGGGGAACGCGUGAUACCACAGCCCCGCCUCAGCGUCCCGCGUCACGGUGUCAGUUUGAGGUGUUACGGUGGUGUUGAACUUGCAGCCAGUGAUAGGAAAGCGGCGCCGAGGACUCGAACUGAGGAGAAGCGGAGGGAGAGGUCCGGCGGUGAUAGUCGAGAAGGGCAGCUGGCGCGGCCGUGCCUCUUCAGUGAGCGCGGGAUAAACAUGUGAAGGGCUACCCUGAGACCCAAAGCUCCUUCGGAACGGGCAGGAUCCUUCCUCGGGUGCGCGAAAUGUCUCGAAGAGAAGUACUUUGGAGUGAACCGCCUGCUGCCAACAUCGUUGAUUGCCAUGUUAGGACCGCUGGCGGUGUGGCGGAGCGCUGGACUUAUACUGCUGGAAUAGAGUUCCCGAGAGUGGCUUGAAGCGACGAGCGUGGCCUUUCGUCCGGUGCGAUCAAUCCUUAGAGACAUGUCGACAUAGAUAUCUAAUAUAUAAAAUAUAUUAGAUCUCUAUGCAUGUCGACUGCAGAAUCGCUCCCAAAUCAAAAUUGUUGUGUAACGAAACCCCAUGUUUGGGUUGAAGUCGGACUCGUGUUUAAUGUCCACGUUUUUACGCUUGGAAGUUUUGCAUUGAAGGUCGGAAUGAUAUUUACUCUGAUAUCGGACAAAUAUCGUUCGCCCACGCACAAGACUAGUGUGCUGACGUCACUGCUUUAGCCCCGCCCGGAUUUGUUGGGUCAAUAAUGUAUCUACGAGCGCAACUCUUCGGCCCGCAGAGGGCCGAGUCAAACUGCCAAUACACAGUGACCAAUGAUAUGUUGUGCUUUUCAUUCAGCUGUCAGUUGUAAGGUGCCUUUAGCGUUUUAUCCUUGUUUACCUAUAUUUGUAGGAAUAUUGAAUGUGUAGAAUACAUUGUGAAAUGCGU